UCAUCAUCAACAGGGCAACGCGUAGUCGUAGUGGACGUUCGCGUACGGAACCGGUCGAAAGAGUGUUCACAUUCACAAUUUAAAGGGCAAAGGCUACCAAACAGUCCAAGUAAUAACCGUUUAAUCGACGCAGUACUUGCAUUCGUCGUGUAACCGUUGUUUUAUAAUUCAGACUAUAAACUGAUAAGCGCAACGGGUGAAUAUGGACGUACGCCUGGUUUGUUUAUGAAAUGUAGCCUAUCUUUUUCUCGUGAGCGUGGAUUUGGAACCUUGCAAAAGUUCACUUGGUAGCUCAUCUGCUCGCCAGUGUGGAACGCGCUGUGAUGCCGAUGGUUUCAUUUGAAGAACGUCAGGCAGGUCUGAUAUUAUAACAGUAUUGUAACGUGGAAGGCUAUUUAAACCUCAUCCUCUGACAAGGCGUAAAUACAGUAAUAGCUCAGACCUAUUCAUCCCCAGGAGAGGUUGCACCGAACAAGCAUCAGGCGAUACUCUAAAUUAACUAACCAAUCCUUCAUUCGGAGGGUUUAUCUCGUCGCCUGUCAUCCUUUCAUCUGUGAUAUUGACUGAACAGUGAGCUUCUGGGAGAUGGAUCUAGACAACCAGAACCAAAGCCAGCCCCACCCUGAGAACCCAUCUGGACUAUCAGAGGUUUUAACCCCCACUCCAGCAGCACCUCCAGGCACAGAAACGCCAACCUCUGAACCCUGCGCCAAUGCUCCUGCUCCUCAACCGUCAGUCCCAGCCCGGCCUCGACGGCCUCAGAGGACCCCCAGAGUAGAGGGCUCUGUAGACGUCUGUGAGCCCACACCUGACCCCACAGAGGCUAACCAGGACAGAUCCACUCCUGAUGCUCCAGCUGGGGCCAGCCGUCAUAAGCCCCUGCGGCCUGGAGCAGCCAAGCCCCCUGGGGGGCCUGGAGAGCCAGUGGGGUACACUGAAACCACUCUGAAGGCUGGCCCUAAAGUCCCAGGCCACCCCCCUGGGGCCCGGAACCCCAUCUCAAUGAGGGCAGCCUCAGUGCCCCAGCCACCGCCCUCCAGGCCUAUACCUCCCCACCUCAACCCUCAUGCCCAGAGGGCCUUCUCCGUGUCGGGCACCGCGGACACACAGGCCCAGGUGGUAGAAGACUUCAGAGUGCACAUAAUAACAUGGAAUGUGGGCGGUGCCAUGCCGCCAGAUGACAUCACUGCUCUGCUGGGAUUGCAUGUUGGGGAUGGAAACACAGACAUGUAUAUCAUUGGGCUACAGGAAGUCAACUCCAUGAUCAACAAAAGGCUGAAAGACGUUCUCUUCACAGACCAAUGGAGUGAUGCCUGCAUGGAGAGACUCAGCCCCUUCGGAUACAUACUGGUGACGUCUCAGCGGAUGCAGGGGGUGUUGUUGCUGGUGUUUGCUAAGUACUACCACCUCCCCUUCAUCCGAGGGGUGCAGACAGAGACCACCCGCACUGGCUUAGGGGGCUACUGGGGUAAUAAAGGGGGUGUGAGUGCGCGCAUGUCUGUGUUCGGUCACACCAUCUGUUUCCUGAACUGCCACCUGCCGGCCCACAUGGAGAACUCUGAGCAGCGCAUGGAGGACUUUGAGAGCAUCCUGCAGCAGCAGCAGUUUGAAGGCCAGGCUGCCACAGGGGUGCUCGACCACGAUGUGGUGUUCUGGUUUGGAGAUCUGAAUUUCCGCAUUGAUGAACUGGAGAUUCCGGCAGUGAAAACAGCCAUUGAUAACAAUAAACUCACCAUGCUGUGGGAGAAAGACCAGCUGAACAUGGCCAAAGACAGCGAGACGGUGCUGGUGGGCUUUCUGGAGGGACCUCUCAAAUUCCCCCCUACUUACAAGUUUGACGUGGGGACAGAUACAUAUGAUACAAGUGGGAAGAAGCGUAAGCCUGCGUGGACAGACAGGAUCCUGUGGCGUCUGAGGGCCACAGCUCCCUUUGGGCAGGCCCCUAAUGCUGGGAAGAGAGGCUCUGUGUCAGGACUGAGCAGCGGGACCAAGGUCACCCAGCACUUCUACCGCAGUCACAUGGAGUACAUGGUCAGCGACCACAAGCCUGUCUCUUCCAUCUUCACCCUCCAGUUCCCCUAUAAGGUGGACAUGCCACUGGUGACAAUCAUGGUGGAGGAUGAGUGGAACAGCAUUGCAGACGCCAUGUGCACAUUCAAAGCUGCACCUAAUUUCGCACGCAGCUCCUGGGACUGGAUUGGGCUGUACAAGGUGGGAUUCAAACACCAUAAGGACUAUGUAGGCUAUGUGUGGGCCAAGCAGGAGGAGGCAGAUUACCAUAGAGUAGAACACGAGGUGACCUUUACUGAGGAAGAAUUGCCCAAGGGCUCAGGAGACUUUAUUUUGUGUUACUAUAGCAACAACACGAGCACCCUCGUGGGUGUGACAGAGCCUUUUCAGAUCCAGCUGCCCACCUCCAGCCCCGCCGGUAGCCCCUCUGACGACAGUUCUGACUUCACCUCUGAGGACGACAGCACAGUGGACGGUAUGAAGACCAAGUCCCGCAGUCCCAGCCCCCGGAAAAAGAAGCACAGAACACGGCACAGCCAAAGCCGCAGUCCCAGCCACAGCCGUAGCCGCAGUGGCAGCCCUGCUCUGCCCGAAAUGAAGGACCUCAAGCUGCAGCCUGGCUUGGCCCACAACACCACUGAUGGCUCUGCCUCUGGCAAUGCCCCAGAGGGUACGGAUCGGGAGAAGGUCUCAGCUGAGGCUGGAAAUACAGGGUUGUGAUGGAGCCCUUGUUAUCCUGCUCUCCCAUUACCAACUAUGUGUGAUUUCUUUAUACAUGAUGCACUGUACUGUAUUGUAUGUUUCCUUUAUUGAAAAUGUACAUUUGCGGAUGCCAUUUGUUUCAGAACUGGGGUUAGGCUUCUGGUACAGGAAGACUACUUUGUCUUGUGUGAUUUUUCUCUCACUCUUCCCUCUCAGGCAUAGAACAUACAGGGAGCUUUUGGCUGAUUUCAAUAGGUCCUUACAUGGCAAAUCAUUCCCAAAUCCCAGGCAGAGGGAAAUUGCUACCAAAUGCAUUUGGGGUCCAUAUCGGCAGUUGUUUCACAGAUAUUUUGAAGCAGCAUAAUAUUUCCCCCUCUAUAUCAGCCCUGGUGGCUUAGUCAGCUGAUCAGCAUGUGUGUGAGCAUGAGGAAAUGCUGUCUCCCGAUGAGGCAAACAAUUAGUUUGACUCCCAAAGGGAACAUUCCUUACAAAUAGGAAUAAUCCCUAUUUGCUUUAGCAGGUCCUGCCCUCCAUUUCAAUACAGCAUAGUGUCUCCUGCUACAUACAUUCUCUAAGGGACCAGGUUACCAUGGACAAAACCAUUUGUCACAGUAUGUGCAACCCCUUGUGAGUUGUGAGCGCAUCUCUGAGCGGCAGGUCUUUGUAAAACUAUCCUGAGGCCUGGCUGCAUGGGUCACUUAAAUGCCAUGGUGAAAAAACAAGGUAAAAAAUGUUAAUGUUCACCUUCAGGUUACUGAUGUUCCCAGUUAUCCUCUUUCCUUCCCUCCCCAUCUCUAUAUCUCUCUUCUUAUGUCCCCUCUCUCUCUUUUUCUCUUUGGGUGAAGGUGAUUAGCAGACACUGUUAUGUCACUAGUAGUAAUGUGUUGAAUUGUUAGCGUGUGACCUCCAAUGAGCCAUCCUAAACACUUUGUACCUAUGGGCUGUUAGCUUAGGACAGUGUGUGCUGUUGUACUGUAACCUCAUUGUGUGUGUGUUCAUGUAAGUAUGCCACUGUAUGAGUGUGUCUUAUGAAAGUUUGGGUUUGCAGAAGUGAGUGUGUACUUCUGUGUGAUUGAUAGUGGUGUGUAUGUGCUUGCAUGGUUUUCUGGACUGUACAUUCCGGUACUGUGAUUUUGUGCUGUUAAAAGUGCUGUUAUUGACUCCUCUUUGUAAGAUACUUAGCUGUUGAGAAGUGUUAGGAAAAACAUGUGGUGAUGACAGUGUAAACGCAACAUUAUAUGGUAGAUAUAGCUACAGUUUGCUUGCAGAACAACAAGAAAUUCUUGUAUUUAUUUUAUUCAAUUCAAUUAUUUUCAUCCUAUUUAAAAUAUACAAAAUACAAUGUAGAGAGUUUGAAGCUCAUCCAAGGUAAAGGAUCAGUGCUGCGUAUGUGCAAGUGAACUUGGCUUUUGUUGUUGUUGUUGUUAUGUAUUGAUUAUGUGUAUCAAUCAAUAUAACUGAAUUGAUCCAAAGUACGGUUAUAGAAAAGGUGAUAAGGAAAGACUAGAUCUGAAAAUCAAGUUGAAUUGUCCUUUGUUGUUUUAGUCUUUGGCAACGUCUCGCUCCCAUACUAUACGUGCAAUGACAAAUAUGUGAAUAGUAACUAAGAAAUGUUAUUGAAAGCUUCUAAUAUGUUUUUUUUAAAUGAGAGUAGGUGAUGUAUGUCAAUGACAAAUAUCAAAUAGAGAACAGAUGACAAUCAAUGCCCAAAAAGAUUAUUAUACUUAAACAUUAUGCAUUUAUUUUCUUAUUUUGUGUCAAAAGAGAGCCUGAAUUCUGCUGGCCAGUGUGGGUGAAAAAGGGUUUAAAGUUAAAGUUCUAUUCAAUUUAAUAGGCUAUAUUGUGUAUACAUAUUGGUUUUAUAUUUAUUUUACUUUUCUAUUUAUUCAUGCACACAACAGUUUUAUGUGGAGGCAAAAAUAAACAACCUCUUUUCACUUGGUUUAUCUGUGAUUUCAGAUCAAAAGUAGGUUUUGUGCAUUGUAUUGGCUCUGCAAGCUUGUAUGUGAUUGGGAUCUGAGGAGACUGUCUUUUAAAACAUCUGGGCAACAUUACAGCAACAUUGUCAGAGGCAUGAAUUGGCUAGUUGUUGAAUGUUGAUGUUGGAGGGUGGUGUGUGGACUCGUCCGCUGGGGUCAGGGCACAGAGGGAACCCCUCUGCUUUCCAGCUCAACACCUCUGUCACACACACACACACGCUGUUCAGAGAUCAAAUAAAACUCCUCGUCAAGCUGUA